UCGAUGAAAUUCUGUAGAGUGUAUUGCUACUAAAUCUACAGAAUGACCAUUUCGGGGAACGAUGCAAAAACCCAACAACACUUUCUCCUCUCCCAAUAAGUUUUUACAGAAAAGAUGGCAAGAAGACAAAUAUCGCAGGCAUCUAGAAAAGUUGAAUAACGCACAACCCGUGGUGGACACGAGGGCUCCAUCCGAUUAUUUUCAUAUUCACGUUAAACUGAGAAAUCUAAAAUUACAAGAAGAAAGGAAUCAGAAUAUAGAAAAAGAAAAUUCUAGAUUACUUAAUCAAAUGGCUACCAUUAUGAAAAAUGGCGGAAGAGUCGAUUGUAAGAACAAAUACGUUGUAAAAAGUUUAAAUGAAACGAAAAGAAAAAAAGAAAAAGAGAGAAUCGAAAAGGAAAAUCAAAGACUAUUACUUCGAAUAUCUCAUCAUUCGUCGUAUAACCAAGUUUUUCAACAACUUCAGAAAACACUUAUAAAAAGCAAUUCAAGCGAUAUCAAGUAUCAAAAAUCUCAGGAGGAAAAUUAAAGAAUGUACUACUCUAC